ACUACAAACCAUAACGCUUGGUAGCUUGUUCCAUCUCCUUGGAGCUUCGAAGUGGAAAGAAAGUGUAAGAAACUUGAAUCUCUUCUAUGUCGUCCAUACUCAACACUGUUUUUUGCUCGAAGCUAUCCAGAUUUCACAAUUGGAACAACAACAAAGACGCCAAUCGCCUCCGUGUCCCAACUCACUCCGUUUCAACUCCCCCUACUCUCUCUCUAACCAGACGGAGAUUGACUGUCAGAGCGGCGGACACUGAUACAAAUGAAGUAAAAUCCAAGGCACCGGAUAAGGCACCUGCCGGUGGAGGGUCAAGCUUCAACCAACUUCUUGGUAUCAAAGGAGCUGCCCAAGAAACUAAUAAAUGGAAGAUCCGUCUUCAACUUACAAAGCCAGUUACUUGGCCUCCAUUGGUAUGGGGAGUAGUUUGUGGAGCUGCUGCUUCGGGAAACUUCCACUGGAAUUUGGAGGAUGUUGCCAAAUCAGUUCUUUGCAUGAUAAUGUCAGGUCCAUGUCUAACAGGCUAUACUCAGACUCUCAAUGAUUGGUAUGAUAGAGAAAUUGAUGCAAUUAAUGAGCCUUAUCGCCCAAUCCCUUCCGGAGCAAUAUCCGAGAACGAGGUUAUUAGCCAAAUCUGGUUGUUACUCUUAGGAGGCCUUGGCAUAGCUGGUAUACUAGACGUGUGGGCAGGGCAUGACACUCCUACUCUAUUUUACCUUGCUUUGGGAGGAUCCUUGCUGUCAUACAUAUACUCUGCACCUCCUUUAAAGCUGAAACAAAAUGGUUGGAUAGGAAAUUUUGCUCUUGGAGCUAGCUAUAUCAGUUUGCCCUGGUGGGCUGGUCAAGCUUUGUUUGGUACACUUACACCCGACAUCAUUGUUCUCACACUCUUAUACAGCAUAGCUGGGUUGGGUAUUGCCAUUGUUAAUGACUUCAAAAGUAUAGAAGGAGACAAAGCUCUAGGAUUACAGUCUCUUCCUGUAGCCUUCGGUGCUGAGACGGCUAAAUGGAUUUGUGUUGGUGCUAUCGACAUAACACAAUUAUCUGUAGCUGGUUAUCUUCUAGGUGCUGGUAAGCCAUAUUAUGCACUUGCCCUAGUUGCUUUGAUAGUUCCGCAAGUUGUAUUUCAGUUCCAGUACUUCCUAAAGGAUCCUGUCAAGUACGAUGUCAAGUAUCAGGCAAGCGCACAACCAUUUCUAGUGCUUGGAUUACUGGUGACUGCUUUAGCAACGAGCCACUGAUGAAAUUAAUCAGUCUAUUCCCAAUGUAUCUUUUCUUGCCUCCUCUCUUUUUCCUUUUACCAUUUUGUCUUGGGAAAGUCUCUGGAAAAGUGUUACUCACGGAUUUUAGAACUCUUUGUUUGUACACUUAGUGAAAUAAACAGAUAUGUUUGGUGAUG